AUCCACCUCCAUUCUCACUCUCUCUUACACACUCUCUCUCUCUCUCUCUCUCUCUCUCUAAAAGCUUCGCACUCACACUCACUUCUCUCUUUCUACACAUCAUUUACUCAUACCUCCCCUUCCCUUUCCCCUACUUUAGGGACAAAUGGAGGUACCGGACUUCUUCAUCGGUGGCCAUUACAGCGGAGGAGCAGCGGCAGAGUUCUUGCCAGAGAAAAGAAUUUCCGAACAGAAACCAGGGGACCACUUCGCAGUUGAUGACCUCCUUGAUUUCCCAAACGAGGAUGAUGCUACAAUGACUGAUUGUUUCUUUGAUAAUAUCACUAAGAAAUGCGCUGUUACUACUGAUUCUUCCACGUUCACCUCCAAUGAUAGCAGCAAUUCUUCCAUUUCCGGCAAUCACGUCGGUUACCGGAGCUUCGACGACUCUCAGUUCUCCAGCGAACUAUGUGUUCCGUAUGAUGACUUGGCUGAGCUUGAAUGGCUCUCAAAUUUUGUGGAAGAUUCUUUCUCAACGGAACAAAACCUCCAAGCCAACUUCCACAUGAUAUCGGGAUCCAAAUCACCCACACCAGAGUCCUCCUCAUCUGAAUCCCACCCUGAAUCAUCACUCCGUAACCUUAAUAACCCGAUGUUUCAGCCGGAAACUCCACUCCCCGGCAAGGCCCGCUCUAAGCGCUCCCGAGCCGCUCCCUGUGAUUGGUCCACGCGUCUCCUCCAUCUCUCACCCGUCACCAAACCAUUCUCCAAAAAACAAGGAAAUCAUAAUCCAAAUCCCGGUACAGAAACUCCGGUGAGGAAAUGUCUUCAUUGUGCUGCGGAGAAGACUCCUCAGUGGCGGACUGGUCCCAUGGGACCAAAAACUUUGUGCAAUGCUUGUGGAGUACGGUACAAGUCGGGUCGGUUGGUACCCGAAUACAGACCUGCAGCAAGUCCAACUUUUGUCUCCACGAAGCAUUCAAAUUCACAUAGGAAGGUCUUGGAGCUUAGGAGGCAGAAGGAAUUGCAUAUGGCACAACAGGAACAGUUUCUACAUCAAAGAUCGAUUUUCGGCCUAUCUAACGGUAGCGAUGAUUUCUUUAUCCAUCAUCACAGCGGGCCCAAUUUUAGGCAUAUGAUCUAGUGGCUCCGAGAGUAGCAUUAGUUGGUAAUUUUGUUUCAACAAAUUUGAAUUUGCAGUUUUUUUUUUUGUUUUUUGGAAAAAAAAAAGUAUUAAGUGGGAAGAGAGAGAGAGAGAGAGAGAGAGAGAGAGAGAGAGGAGUGGACAAGGGGAAGAGAAGGAAUUAAUUGAUUCUUCAAUGUAACUCUUAACUUUGUUAACCAAAAAAAAAAGGCAAAAAUUAUAAGUAAUUUGAAUUUUAUCAGAAAUUUUCUUAUUUUCAGCAUCAACAAAAUAGCAAAUUAAUAAAGAAAUAGAAAAAUAUCUAAGGGGGUAUAGUGAGCUUUCUGGAAACAGUUCAAUGAAGUCCUUUGGCCCGCGGAAAGUAUGGUGCUCCCAUACCUAAAUUACCUUGCACAUU